UAUACACAGAUGAAUAGAGAGAUGAAAGCAGUAAAGGUUUAUAUAAGACUUAAUAGUGGUAAUUAAACAAAGUAAAAUUCAAAAGACGAAAUGCAGAGGUGACUGGUGUGAGUUGAUGGGUAGUUAUUUGUACUGAUUAAUGGUGAUUAACUAAGCUAUUUCUUCCGAUCCAUCUACCUGAUGGACCUACAUAAAAAGCAGAUGGUACAGUGACAGGACUACCAAAAAAUAGACAGUGAGAGAAACCCCACUGGUGGGCAGGAAUGCAUUGAUGCACAUACAUUCAUAAUAGGACACGAUCAGAAAACCCUUCAUCUGUUAAGUUUUCUCAGUAGGAAAAUGCAAAAAUUGGAAUUACUCCUUUUGUCGCUGUGUGCUGGAUAUCUGGUGACACAUAGUGGUGCAUUUGGUAACAGAAAGCUGUGUGGUAUUCAGCUUGUGGAAGCACUGCUGCUCGUCUGUGGUGAUAAAGGAUUAUUUUACCAGCCUGGCAGACGCGUCAGAGAACACCAUAUACGAAUCUUGAUGAGGAACAGCGUCCCCCUACGGCGACAGUCUGCACUGCAGAGCGGAAAGCGAAACCCAUAUGCCAUACGCGAAGUUACAAAGAGAGGCAUUGUAGAGCAGUGCUGUCAUUUAUACUGCGACUACUAUGAUUUGGAGAAUUACUGUAAUAUAUAGAGAAUCUACAUAUCUGUUUUUGUUAAUAUGUUAACAAUGAUAACAUCGAAACUGAAACAACCAUUAACAGUUACAUUAAAUCUACACUGCAUUGUUGGGAUAUUAUUUGAAUAAGAUAAAAUGACAGCUAACUAACCUUAUGUAUGGAAUUAAAUGAAGGGUUACAUGAAAUGUUUACAAUAAAAAAUAGAUUUGCAAUCUUUAAAUAAAUAUAGCUGGAUUUUUUUUAAGUCAAUUGGGAUUGCAGAGGGCUGAUACAUUUUAUUUCAA